UGACAUGCGGCGAGCUACGUCAUGGCCAAGAUGGCAGCCUCCGUGGUGGCAGAAAGCGGAGAGGAUGUUUUCAGGAAAAUGUUUAAGUUUUAUAAAAGACGGGAACCUCCUCCGGACCUGAAGGAGGUGACGGACUUCAGCAGCGGAGCAGCAUCAUUAGGAAAGAUUGUUCCAUUAAAACUGGAUCCAGCUGCUGUGAGUGAUGAGGAGGCUGCCCGCGUCGGUUUGCACCCCAUCAGAGACUGGAGGGCUUUCGGUCUGCAGGGCUACCCAGGCUUUAUUUUCAUCUCCAACCCUUUCCUGCGGGGCUCCCAGGCCUUCUGGGUCAGACAGUGUUUGAAGACCUACCCUCAGAAACCAAACGUGUGCAACCUGGACAUGCACAUGUCACCCUGCGACACGCAGGACAUCUGGGCCAGGAGUGCGCAAGCUCUUAGGUCUCCCCCUUCUGAAAAGAGACAGCCAAAAACUCUACUGGAGAGGCUGCGCUGGGUAACUCUGGGAUACCAUUACAACUGGGACACUAAGACUUACUCUGCCAACAGUUACACUCCAUUUCCGCCUGAUCUGCACAUGCUUUCCUCCCGGAUAACAGCUGCCUGUGGCUUCCCAGGAUUCAGCUCAGAGGCGGCCAUCCUCAACUACUACCGAUCGGAUUCCUCUCUGGGAAUCCAUGUGGAUGAGUCCGAGUUGGAUCACUCUCGUCCUUUGUUGUCGCUCAGUUUCGGACAGUCUGCUAUAUUCCUGCUGGGCGGCCCCCAAAGACAAGACCCCCCCACCGCUAUGUUCAUGCACAGCGGCGAUGUGAUGUUGAUGUCAGGACCAAGCCGGCUGCUGUAUCACGCUGUCCCGCGGAUUCUCCCGCCACCGCGGCAGCAUGCAGCGUUUAUAGAUGAGCUCAGCUGUUCCUGUGCCCUGCCGACGGCCAACGUCCUGGAGCCAGUGUCUCAGGAGGAUUGGGACGUGUGUUCCAGGUACAUUCAAAGCUCCAGAGUGAACAUGACCGUCAGACAGGUGUUGGGGCCCGGACAGAGCUUCCCAGAAGACCCCUCGUCUGCUCAUCAAACGGACGAUAAAGGCCGGACGGUCGGGUGUCAGGACGAUGAAAACAGUGGCAAAAGGAAGAGGACCUGCAGUGACCCUGUGGGGACUGUAGAGACAUGAAAAACCUGCUGUCCUUUUAUACCCCAGUGAAGCCAAUUAAAUUAAAUGUUAUUUUUCAAAUAAUGAAGUAAAGUAUUGUUCAUGGUGGUCUCAGGAGGCUCCAGAUAUUUAGCAUCCAAUCUAGGAAGACUGAUAGCAGUUUAAGAAAUUGAAUGCUGUUCUUGGGUGAUAUUGCAAAAAUCAGCUUUAAAGGAUGUUGAGCUUUUUUUUCCCUUGAUGUAGGGUUGUUUCUUCUUGUUAUGUUACAGAGAGCCAAGCUUAUCACCACUCAAUGGCAGACCUAACUUGAGAUUACUAAUGUGACUACAUCUCCUUUUCAGUAGCUUUCUUUUCCUAUUUACACGGUUAAAGAUUGAUCUCCUGUUUUAAGCUGAGAUCUCCCAUUGUACAUGAUUGGCCUUUUAAACAUUUGUGCUCAUCAAAAGCAGGAGGCAGAGAUGCAUCUGAUGGGAUUCUACCUUAAAGUCCCCAAACAGAUAAAGAGGCAAAGGUAAAGAAAACUGCAGUUUUAUGAAUAGUCAUGUCUCAGAUUUAAAUGGUUGGAGACAUAUUUCUGUCAUAAUUGAAUUUGUAUGAAAAUCAGUUUCCAGAUAGUUUGAGCUCAAAAGCUAUAGACUGGUAAUUAUUUAAGUCAUCGCAGAUCAACAAGGAAUCUGCAGACAGGCAAAGGGGAUAAGAACCCCCUAAAAAAGAACAAAAAGACUCGCCGCUCCACAAAGUGUUGCUUUGGUGUUUUCAUGUUUACAAAAAUAGAAGAUUUCUACUUCUUUAAAACAAUAAUAAAACAAAUAUUUUCUGCU